AUGGAAUACGAGAACGAGCGUCGCAACAUGCAGCGGGCUGCGGCGAACUCACCGACAAACAAUGGAGGAGAAGGCACCAGCAACCCGGCAAACUCCCCCGACAUUGGCCAAGCCGAGGAUGCGUCGCCGGAUGGGGGCGGGCAGGCAGGUGCGGGUGGGAACGCAACGCGCAACAACGGCGUGGCAGCUGCUACUAUGCUGCCACCGGUUCCCAGCGUCAUUCGUGUGGAGCCGAACCGAAAUGCAAUCCAAAACGCGGUGAAGCUGGCGCACAAGCGAGGCGUCAUAUUGGACUUGCAACAGCUGUCAAGCAUGCAGCUGACGUGGGCUCACCACUACGCCGCCGCCUUGGCAGGCGUCCCCGAUAUUCACAACGGGUUUAAGGGAGCGGCGAAACGUGCGGUGGAGAUCAUGUACUUCGAGACGCCCGACGUCGACCUUGAGUAUUGGACGCCGCGGGACACAAACAUCACUGCACUUUGCACCGCUAUCGGAAUCACCGACGCCGACUAUGCGGCUGGUCAUGGAGAACGAGAGAACGCGCCCGUCCCACCUCCGAAAACAGCAGCAGGAUGCCCGCAACAAGCCCCUCCCUCCCUUGUGCCCCCACCUUCCCAUUCCAGCAGGCGCAACAGAGGGCAGACGCUGGAGGGCACCUUGCGUGAUUCACAAGGCCCUGGUGUCUCAUUAGAACCAGCCCCUCCCUCCCUUGUGCCCCCACCUUCCCAUUCCAGCAGGCGCAACAGAGGGCAGACGCUGGAGGGCACCUUGCGUGAUUCACAAGGCCCUGGUGUCUCAUUAGAACCAGCCCCUCCCUCCCUUGUGCCCCCACCUUCCCAUUCCAGCAGGCGCAACAGAGGGCAGACGCUGGAGGGCACCUUGCGUGAUUCACAAGGCCCUGGUGUCUCCUUAGAACCAGCCCCUCCCUCCCUUGUGCCCCCACCUUCCCAUUCCAGCAGGCGCAACAGAGGGCAGACGCUGGAGGGCACCUUGCGUGAUUCACAAGGCCCUGGUGUCUCAUUAGAACCAGCCCCUCCCUCCCUUGUGCCCCCACCUUCCCAUUCCAGCAGGCGCAACAGAGGGCAGACGCUGGAGGGCACCUUGCGUGAUUCACAAGGCCCUGGUGUCUCAUUAGAACCAGCCCCUCCCUCCCUUGUGCCCCCACCUUCCCAUUCCAGCAGGCGCAACAGAGGGCAGACGCUGGAGGGCACCUUGCGUGAUUCACAAGGCCCUGGUGUCUCCUUAGAACCAGCCCCUCCCUCCCUUGUGCCCCCACCUUCCCAUUCCAGCAGGCGCAACAGAGGGCAGACGCUGGAGGGCACCUUGCGUGAUUCACAAGGCCCUGGUGUCUCAUUAGAACCAGCCCCUCCCUCCCUUGUGCCCCCACCUUCCCAUUCCAGCAGGCGCAACAGAGGGCAGACGCUGGAGGGCACCUUGCGUGAUUCACAAGGCCCUGGUGUCUCAUUAGAACCAGCCCCUCCCUCCCUUGUGCCCCCACCUUCCCAUUCCAGCAGGCGCAACAGAGGGCAGACGCUGGAGGGCACCUUGCCAGGCGCAACAGAGGGCAGACGCUGGAGGGCACGUGAUUCACAAGGCCCUGGUGUCUCGUUAGAACCAGCCCCUCCCUCCCUUGUGCCCCCACCUUCCCAUUCCAGCAGGCGCAACAGAGGGCAGACGCUGGAGGGCACCUUGCGUGAUUCACAAGGCCCUGGUGUCUCCUUAGAACCAGCCCCUCCCUCCCUUGUGCCCCCACCUUCCCAUUCCAGCAGGCGCAACAGAGGGCAGACGCUGGAGGGCACCUUGCGUGAUUCACAAGGCCCUGGUGUCUCAUUACAACCAGCCCCUCCCUCCCUUGUGCCCCCACCUUCCCAUUCCAGCAGGCGCAACAGAGGGCAGACGCUGGAGGGCACCUUGCGUGAUUCACAAGGCCCUGGUGUCUCAUUACAACCAGCCCCUCCCUCCCUUGUGCCCCCACCUUCCCAUUCCAGCAGGCACACCUGA